AUGGUACCAAAAGCAUUCAUGUUUGAAGAUUUUACAGAGAAAGCUAUAAAAGUUAUCAUGCUAGCACAAGAGGAAGCAAGAAGAAUGUGCCAUGAUUUCGUUGGCCUAGAGCACAUGUUAUUGGGCCAAAUUGACCACAUCUUGCUCGGGUUGAUUCGCGAGGGUGAAGAAGAUACCGUAGGAGGAGUGGGUGUUAUUGAGAAAUCAGGUGGUAAUCCAGGUGAAAUUCAGGCCCGGGUUAUUGGAAUUGUUUCUAAUAUAGAAGAAUCAGACUCAGUUGCGAAGAUGACGAAGGAUAAUAGUGUUAAUGUACUACUUGAGGAGUAUGGUACAAAUUUGACAGAGCUUGCAAAACAGGGAAAAUUGGAUCCUGCCAUUGGAAGACAGGAACUGAUCGACUGUGUAAUUCGAACAUUGUGUACACGGGCAGAGAAGAGCCCUGUCCUCAUUGGAGAGGAUGGAGUUGAGGAAACAGCAAUUGUUGAGGGACUUGCUCAAAGGAAAGGAUUGCAAAUGGUGAUGUUCCUGAACAUGCGACUCCUGAUAGCUGAAGAAGAAAAUCGGGGAGAAAAGCUGAAGAAAUUGAUGGAGAUGAUAAAACGAAGUGGAGAUUACAUACUUUUCAUUGAUGAGGUUCUCACAUUUUUUGGAGAUGCUGGAGAGAUGGAAGGAGCAGUUGAUGCUGCAACCAUAUUAAAACCCGUGCUAUGUCGCGGUGAGCUACAAUGUAUUGGGGCUACUACUUUGGAUGAAUACAAAUUGUACAUUGAGAAAGAUCCAGCUCUAGAGAGACAAUUUCGGCCAGUUAAGGUGCUUAAAUAUUCAAUAGAUGAAACUGUUGAAAUUUUGAAGGGGUUUCGAAAGCAAUAUGAGAUAUGGGUUUAUUUCCUCAAGAGGAGUGAAGCAAAUCGGCGAAGUCUACUACGUGCGGCGGCAGCCAUGGUUCUCAAGACAGAGUUGUGUCGUUUCAGUGGGGCAAAGAUAUACCCAGGGAAAGGAAUCAGAUUUGUUCGUGCAGAUUCACAGGUCUUUCUCUUUGCCAAUUCAAAAUGCAAGCGGUACUUCCACAACCGUCUGAAGCCGUCAAAGCUUACCUGGACAGCAAUGUACAGGAAACAGCAUAAGAAGGAUAUUGCGCAAGAAGCUGUGAAGAAGAGGAGACGCACCACAAAGAAGCCAUACUCUAGGUCUAUUGUGGGUGCCACUUUGGAGGUUAUUCAGAAGAGAAGAACUGAGAAAGCAGAAGUUCGAGAUGCUGCUAGGGAAGCUGCUCUCCGUGAAAUUAAGGAAAGGAUAAAGAAGACGAAAGAUGAGAAGAAGGCAAAGAAGGCAGAGGUGAUGGCCAAGUCUCAGAAGGGAGGGAGCAAAGGAAAUGUGCCCAAGGGUGCUGCACCUAAAGGCCCUAAGCUUGGAGGUGGUGGUGGAAAACGUUAA